AGGAUCCACCUGCUGCACAUCAUCCCUGCCUGAGCGGACGUCGCACCACUCAAACGACUCCUGGAUGCACCUGGCCAUUUUGGCUGUAAUGUAUUUAAAGACACGCAUCAUGAAGCAAAACGACUCGACAGCAGGCUGUUGAGAACAUCGAGCUUGCCAUUUUUGACUGUGGUUUUCGCUGGCCAGCCUGAUCCUGAUGAAUUCGUUCACUUAAUUAUAUUUUAUUAUCCCCCCGCGACCACGGGUUUGACAGCAUCAUGCCUCCACGCAAGCAGGCGUCUAAGAAGAGCCUCAAAACGGAGCCGCAAAUCGAUCAGAACUCAUCCUUUACGCCACAAAACUUCGAGGAUGAACUCAAGAAGCUCGCCAAACAAGCCAAAGGCGAGACUUGGCUGAAGCGGGCUCUGGAGCAGGUCCGCGUCUAUGGCAAGGCCGCCUCCAUACUCGCCAUCAUCGGCGUAUAUGCCAACGUAUCGCUGCUAUCGCUGUCGCCCGUCUACGGUGGCAUACCGGCUGCAGUAUGGCAUUCGAAGGUUAUUAUGGCGGCUUGCUUUCUAGGCUGGUCAGCCAAUCUGGCCUUCAGACGGCUCCUACCAACCAAGACCACGCUGCUUCUCCCUUUGAUUGCCGCUUAUAUCCCCAUGGUGCAGUUCUACUUGUUCAAGUUCAGCGGCUCUUUCACGGCUAACUGGGGGCCCUUGAUAACCGAGCUACUCACACUGUUCCCACUCAUGGUUCUCUCCGUGUCGUGUGUGGCUGACAUCCUGGAGGAAGGCGAUCUGUCUGGCCUGCCUAAGUGGGUUGCGGACUGCGCACCUGGGCUUGGCUCAUAUUCGUUCUACAAGUUCAUCGAGCUGCUGUCGGCCGACCAGCUGCAGGCCCAGAUUGGAAGAUCUUUCUUACAGACCCGGGUCGGCUUGGAGUUGGUACUGGCUGGGACAUAUACCAUCAUGGCCCCGUCGAAGCUGCUCCUUUUUGUCAUCCCUGGGCUUUUGCAUGCUGCAUUUUUCAAUACCCACGUCAUGACUCCCAUGGCGACGCAAGCGCUCAACUCGACACUACUCUCUCAGGGGUGGUCCUUGGUUGAUCGUUGGGAAUCAGUCACUGGUUAUAUCUCCAUUCUGGACAGCCAUAAGGAUGGCUUUAGAGUUAUGAGAUGUGAUCACAGUCUGUUGGGCGGCGAGUGGACAAAAUUGCCCAAGUACAUUGUCGGAGAGCCUAUUUACAGUGUGUUUACCAUGCUUGAGGCCGUGCGCCUUGUGGAGGUUGCUGAAAAGGUGCCUGAUAAUGAAGCCAAGGCGUUGAACAUUGGAUUGGGAAUCGGGACUACACCAUCGGCUCUCAUCGCGCACGGGAUUGAUACUACCAUUGUAGAGAUCGAUCCCGUCGUUUACGAUUUUGCUGUGAAGUAUUUCGGUUUGCCCUCAAACCACACGGCAGUCAUCGAAGACGCAGUCGGUUACACUGCUCGCAUUGCAGAGGAGGAAUCACAGAAGUUUGACUACAUCAUCCACGACGUGUUCACGGGAGGCGCUGAGCCGAUUCCCCUCUUUACGCUCGAAUUUCUGCAAUCCCUGAACACCCUGCUGAAGCCAGAUGGAGUCAUUGCACUGAACUACGCCGGCGACUUCACGCUACCUCCGCUUAGCACCGUCGUCCGCACGGUUAAGGAAGUUUUCCCUUCGUGCCGCAUCUUCCGGGAGAACCCAGCGCCGUCCGAGGAGCAACUUAAGAAAGAGGGCCGCGACUUUGACAACAUGGUGAUCUUCUGUCGGAAGACCACAGACGGUAUCGCAUUCAGGCGAACCGUGGAGCAGGAUUUCUUGCGCAGCAGAUCAAGGCAGCACUUCCUGGCGCCCAAGUACGAGGUUGACAACAAAGUUUUUCUCACCGGAGACGAUGUAGGGAUUGUGCGCAAGAACGAUACCUCGAAGCUGGGUAACUGGCAUGAUCAGACGGGAUUGGGACAUUGGGCGGUUAUGCGGACUGUGCUGCCGAAGGAGGUGUGGGAGAAUUGGUGAGUUUCAAGGGUCACAAUAUGUGUUGUAUCGAAGAUGCCGUGCUUUGGAUAUUGUGGAAUGAUACAAUGUACUAUCUUCAGCCUCACACCGUGAUAGAGCCACAAAGAGCUGAAGCUUUGUUUCACCUCUGGCUGAGCCAUUUGGUAGCCCAUUUAGCCUGUAGUUUCUCCAGCUGAUGGACCCUACCAGAAUUUUAUCAUUCAUGCCUAAUCUCCUUUUCGGCCUUGAAGAUAUUAUUUAUGAACUGAGAUGCGUGGCCUCCCAAAUUGGCUGGGGGGCCUCUGUCAGUCCAAAAGCCACC